AUGGCCUGGUUCGCAAACCUGGUAGUAAUUCACUUGGAGGAGGACCCAAAAAGCCCAGCAAUGUCUCCACCAGGAGCUGUGCCAAAUGCAUCGCAAAUAAGUCUUGCUAUGGCAAAGAAAAUUAAUGAUGAUAUAAAAUAUCAAUUAAUGAAGGAAGUUCGGAAGUUUGGAUGAAAGUAUGAAAGGAUUUUCACUUUGACUGAAGAAGUGCAAGGACCUCUUGCAGUCAAGAAGCAAUUUGUUGAAUUUACCAUCAAGGAAGCUGCAAGGUUUAAAAGAGGAGUCUUAAUUCAGCAACUUGAGAAGGUAGUAGAAAAAAUAGAAUCCUGCGGCCAUCUCAAGAAAGUUAAUCAUCAGGAAAGCAAAUAA